AUGGAUGAUACAAACAAUGUGGCCGAGUACGUUGAUAUACUGAAUGAAGUAUGCCUCGCCGAGCAACAGCAGGUCGACAACGUCGAGCACCCUUUGGCUGACUGCAUCAAUCCAGUCUAUGCCAUCAGCGACGAUGAGUUCUACCAUCAUAUAGCGAAUGAGCCCAAUAUCGAUUACUGUGCUGCUAAGUCUGUGGUAUUCGUACAGAACUUAAGUGCAGCUUCUGGUGCUACCCCCACUCUGUCCCGAGCGGAGGGGGAGGGCCCUCGGGCCCCCUUGGUGCGUCGUGAUCCUGAGGAGGCAGCUCAGGAGGCCUAUGACGAGUUCAUUCGUGCUGAGUUGGGUGAGGCGGCGGCUAAGCAGGCGGCCGAGAUGGCGAGGCGUUCAGUUGAAGAGUAUAACCGCGUGUUAGAGGAAAGGUCACCCCCUCAAGCGACCCCAACACUGAAGCAUCAAAGUAUGGUUACUGAGUCGGCUGAGGACAACAAGCAGGCCGAGUUAUCACAGACGAGAGGCAUGUUGGCGCCUCUCCUCACUGGUCAGACGUUGCAAGUGGUGACCGCCCAGAUGCCGGAAAGAUAUGAUGGAGUCUCCGACCUAAGGAUCUGGGAUUCCUAUUUUGACACUUGGGAUGAGAACGCUGGCAAGAAGGACUUCGCUGCUGAUCGAGAGAUGAUGCUACAACUCUUUGACCUGAUUCGUCCCGAUGAGGCCCUGGAGAAGUUCCACGCCUUAUCUUGGGACGGGAAGGGUCAUGUCAGUCAGUUCAUGGCCAUCUUGAAGCGGGCCCUGGAGGAGUACGACAAGAUGUUACCAGCGGAGGGGAAACUUCCCCCUUUGGUUAAGAGUCGUAUGUUGUUGGAUCGGCUUAUUGCCUGUGCCCCGGAGGGAGCCAGGCCGGUUUUGAGAAGACGUCGACCUAAGGGUAUCACUGAGAUCUGCCAGAUUAUAGAGGAUUACAGAGGGAAGCAGUCUCGGACGGCCAAGCACGCUGCGGCGGCCGUGCCCGAGGAUAAGCAUGCGUGCCCCGGGGCGGUGGCACAACCUUCCCCAGACAAGGACAAGCAGUUGGCUUCGCUUAUCGAAUCUCAGACUAAGGCUAUCAACGCUAUGCAUACUUCGCAGAAUGCCCUGCUUGGCUCCCUGAAGGACAUCCUCAAGGCUCAACAAGAUCCUGGUCGUAAGGAUAAGGACAUGCGUGCAGGGCCCACGCAGCCCAGGAGACAGCUGAUGCCGUGCGGGCUCUGUGAGGGGAAGCAUGCAUCCUACAACUGUCCUCAUAAGAAGUUCAGUGAGGGUUGCAAUAUCUGUGGUUCUAAGGCACACCUGUCCCGCUCGUGUCCUGAGCGUUCAGCCCUGCUGGAGAAGAUUAAGAAGGGUGUGACGCCGGAACAGGGAAAUUAG